GUCACGUGUUUCCUGUUUCCCCUGUAGCGCGCCCCAUGCUAAGCUAAGCUAACCAAAUUAAAUUUGUUGGGAGUUUUCUUUAAAAUAAAGGUUCAGAAAUAGUUUUUUUCCAUGGCUGCAGGCGGCAGUUUGUAUUUUUUAAGCGUUCAGACUCUGAACUCUUACCUGCAAUAGAAAAAAAUAUUUUAUUAGGGUUUUUUUUAAACUAUUAUAACGUUGUUGGAUCGUUUUGAAAUCGGUGCGAUGGCCCAGCUGGAGCAGUGGGUGAACGACCGUCUCCAUGACAUCCUCGGCUUGAGCGACAGAUACGUCUCCCAGUUCAUGAUUGGCAUCGCUCGCAAAGCGUCCAGCCCGGAGGACCUGGUGAGCCGCCUGGAGCAGACGGGAACAAUCGACAUCGACCAGAGCGUCUCUGCCUUCGCAAAGGAACUGUUUGAAAAAAUUCCCCGUCAGCAGGUUGUUGAGAAGCCGUCCAAAGCCCUGGAGCGCCAGGCCAUAGAGAUGGACCGGAAGAACCGGACCUACACGCUGCUGGAGGACAGCGACAGCGGCGAAGAGGUGGCGGCUGACAAACAGAGAGGCAAGAAGAAGAAAGACAAGGACAAAGGAAGCAAGAGGAAGAACAUCAGACAAAAGAAAGCCAGCGAGUCGUCGAGCGACGAUGAAAAGCUGAAGAGGGGCGGUUCUGUCUUGGAGGACCACAGAUCUGUGAAGAAAGAAGAAGAAGAAGAAGAGGAGUGGGAGAAGGAGGAGAGGGAGCGACUGCUGGACAUCGAGGAGAGAGACGCCUUCGCUCAGAGAGUCAGGCAGAAAGACAAAGAAAAGACGCGGAACAUCGCUGAGCGGACGGAUAAAAAGGCCUAUGAAGAAGCUCAGAAACGACUGAAGAUGGCUGAAGACGAUCAGAGGAACAUGUUGCCGGAGCUGAGGAAGCGUUCCCGUUGGGAAUAUCUGAAGAAAAGAGAGGAGGAGAAGCUGGAGGACCUGGAGGCGGAGAUCAUAGACGAGGAGUAUCUGUUCUCCAAGGAGGAGCUGACGGAGCGCGAGAGGCGGGAGCUGGAGUACAAGCGGACCCUCCGGGAUCUGGCCAAGGACUACAAGCAGGCUGGGGCCAAGGAGCAGGAGGAGAGGAAGAACCGCUACUACAUGCCUGAGGAGAGGAGGAGCAAGGACGUCCCCCAGAGGGAUCUGGAGCUGGACGAGGCCCCCAUGGAGCUCGGGGGGGAGCAGGGCCGCUGGGAGGAGGAGCGGCUGAAGACGGCCUCCCUCAGCUUCGGAGCCAGGAAGGAGCGCGAGCUGGGCCUGAAGCUGGAGCAGGACCGGUACCAGCUGGUUCUGGAGGAGGAGGAGAUGAUCGACUUUGUCAGCACGGCCAUCACCAUGAAGGGGACGCGCUCCGACAAGGACGAGGCGGAGCCGGCGCUGUCGCAGGCCGAGCUGAAGAAGCACUCCAUGCAGGAGGUGCGCCGCAGCCUGCCCAUCUUCCCCUACAGGGAGGACCUGCUGGCCGCCAUCACUGAGCACCAGAUCCUGGUCAUAGAGGGGGAGACGGGCUCCGGGAAGACCACCCAGAUCCCACAGUACCUGCUGGAGGACGGCUACACCAAAGGAGGGAUGAAGAUCGGCUGCACGCAGCCCCGCCGGGUGGCGGCCAUGUCUGUGGCGGCUCGCGUUGCCGAGGAGAUGAGCGUGAAGCUGGGUAACGAGGUGGGGUACAGCAUCCGCUUCGAGGACUGCACGUCUGAACGCACCGUGCUGAAGUACAUGACGGACGGGAUGCUGCUCCGAGAGUUCCUGACUGAACCCGACCUGGCCAGCUACAGUGUGAUCAUCAUCGAUGAGGCCCACGAGCGAACGCUCCACACCGACAUCCUGUUCGGCCUCAUCAAAGACAUCGCUCGGUUCCGACCCGACCUGAAGGUUCUGGUGGCCAGCGCCACGCUGGACACGGAGCGAUUUUCCUGCUUCUUCGACGACGCUCCGGUGUUCAGGAUUCCUGGCAGGAGAUUCCCUGUCGACAUUUUCUACACUAAAGCUCCGGAGGCGGAUUACCUGGAUGCUUGUGUGGUUUCAGUGCUGCAGAUUCACGUCACCCAGCCUCCUGGAGACAUCCUGGUCUUCCUCACCGGACAGGAGGAGAUCGAAGCGUGCUGCGAGAUGCUGCAGGAGAGAUGCAGGCGUCUGGGGUCAAAGAUCGCUGAGCUGGUCGUCCUGCCCAUCUACGCCAACCUGCCGUCCGACAUGCAGGCCAAGAUCUUCAGCCCGACUCCUCCUGGAGCCCGGAAGGUGGUGGUGGCCACCAACAUCGCAGAAACGUCUCUGACCAUAGACGGCAUCAUCUACGUCAUCGACCCCGGCUUCUGCAAACAGAAGAGCUACAACGCGCGCACGGGCAUGGAGUCGCUCAUUGUCACGCCUUGCUCCAGGGCUUCAGCCAAUCAGAGAGCAGGGCGGGCGGGCAGAGUGGCUGCUGGGAAAUGUUUCCGCCUCUACACAGCCUGGGCCUUCAAACACGAGAUGGAGGAGACGACGAUCCCUGAGAUCCAGAGGACCAACCUGGGCAACGUGGUGCUGCUGCUCAAGAGUUUAGGAAUCAACGACCUGAUUCACUUUGACUUCAUGGACCCGCCCCCCCAUGAGACCCUGGUGCUGGCUCUGGAGCAGCUGUACGCGCUGGGAGCCCUCAACCACCUGGGGGAGCUCACCAAGCUGGGUCGCAGAAUGGCCGAGUUACCAGUGGAUCCCAUGCUGAGUAAAAUGAUCCUGGCCUCAGAGCAGUACAAGUGUUCAGAGGAAGUGCUGACCAUCGCCGCCAUGCUGUCGGUGAACAACUCCAUCUUCUACCGGCCCAAAGACAAGGUGGUGCACGCCGACAACGCCAGGAUGAACUUCGUGGUUCCGGGCGGAGACCACCUGGUGCUGCUCAACGUCUACACACAGUGGGUGGAGAGCGGCUUCUCCACCCAGUGGUGCUACGAGAACUUCAUCCAGUUCCGCUCCAUGAGGCGAGCCCGGGACGUCCGGGACCAGCUGGAGGGUCUGAUGGAGCGCAUCGAGGUGGAGGUGGUCAGCUGCAGCGGGGACAACGUCCCCAUCCGUAAGCAGAUGAAUAAACUCCUUCACGCCUUUUCUAAUCCUGAUCCCUGGAAGCUGCUCAGGCCUCCUGGAACCGAAGGUGUCGGGUUCAUUCACAGAACAAAACUGCGACUUCAGGAGGCGAAUCUCAGAGAGAACCAGAAGAGCUGAGCUGCUAGCAAACAGAGGAACCGACACCUCAGCUUAUCUGAGGCGGUGCCGGGUGUGUUGGACCGGCGGGCCCAACCUCAACCACAGCAGGGAUGGACGGAGUGUUUCUGUCCGUCUCGUCACAGCUCAACAAUCACUGAAACACUUUGCAGCUUUUCCUUUCUUAGAUUUCUGAAUUCAGAAAAUACCAACAGAUUCAGACUCUGGAGACUUCAGAGAGGCGUCAGCGUUCACAUUUUAUUUAUUAGGAUGUUUUACUAACAGCUGCAGCCUGCAGUAAGGUGGGGCAGGUUGCCACAGUGUCAGUAAAACUUAGAAUAUUCUUCUGCUUUUAUGAUUGAAUUUAAAGUAUAAAAGGAACAACAGACUGGAUGUGGCUCACACAGAUAAUAUAACACGGCUAAAAGCAGCAGCUGCCCUGUCGCCAGGACAACAGAUGGCAGGAUAAAGACUCGUCAGACGGGACUCGGACGCUGUUUGCAUACUUUUGCAUGAAACAGUGACUCAGGAAAAGAGCUGUAAAAUCCCUGCUUUGAACGGGAUACUUUUAUUAACUUUAGAGAGGGGUCAAAGUUCAGAUUUAAGCAGGAAAUAAGUUCCCAGAACUUUGGACCAGAUUUUCCGGCACCGUCGUUUCCUGAAAAAGUUGCUGAAUAAAAAGCAAAUGUCGGAUCUGUUUGUUUGACGGGAUGAUUUAAAUAUUUGUGCUUGUUGUUUAUUUCAUUCUGCAGUGAGAAUUAAACCUGAUGGACCCGUUUUUAACUUGGCUGCUGUUUCUGUUUGUGUCCUGUGGAAAGCAGCAGCACAAACUGAACCUCUAAAUGUCUCUCUCAUAUUGAAUGUCAUCCUCUGUGUCCCUGCCUGAUGACCUUUGACCCUGAUGGCCCCUGUGUCCC